GAUGACGUACACUCGGCGUCAGACUUUGAGUUGACUGGAGGGAGCAUGUGGGUCGGCCGGGCGUUGUGGGGGCUGCGAGCCCCAGCCCAGCUGCGACCCGGGCUGCUCCCGACUUCUGGCCGCCGCGGGUCUGGCUUCGCCAACUACUCCGCUUCUGCAGAGCCCUCCCGGGUACAGGCGCUGGUCUAUGGGCACCACGGAGACCCAGCCAAGGUCGUCGAACUGAAGAAUCAGGAGCUUGCUGCUGUGGGCAGAUCGGACAUCCAUGUGAAGAUGCUGGCGGCCCCUAUCAAUCCAUCGGACAUAAAUAUGAUCCAAGGAAAUUACGGCCUCCUGCCCCCACUGCCUGCUGUUGGAGGGAAUGAAGGUGUCGGGCAGGUAGUAGCAGUGGGCAGCAGUGUGACCGCGAUGAAACCAGGAGACUGGGUGAUUCCAGCAAGUGCCGGUUUGGGAACGUGGCGGACCGAGGCUGUAUUCAGCGAAGAAGUACUGAUCGGGGUCCCAAGCGACAUCCCUCUUCAGAGUGCUGCCACCCUGGGUGUCAACCCCUGCACAGCCUACAGGAUGUUGAUGGACUUUGAGCAGCUGCGGCCAGGGGAUUCCAUCAUUCAGAAUGCAUCCAACAGUGGAGUGGGGCAAGCAGUCAUCCAGAUCGCCGCGGCCCUGGGCCUGAGGACCAUCAAUGUUGUCAGAGACAGACCUGACAUCCAGAAGCUGACUGACAGGCUGAAGAAUCUGGGGGCAGAGCAUGUUAUCACAGAAGAGGAACUGAGAAAGCAUGAGAUGAAAAAGUUUUUUAAGGACAUGCCCCAGCCCAGGCUGGCUCUCAACUGUGUAGGCGGGAAAAGCUCCACCGAGCUGCUGCGGCACCUAGCGCCUGGAGGAACCAUGGUGACCUACGGGGGGAUGGCCAAGCAGCCUGUCACAGCCUCGGUGAGCCUGCUCAUUUUUAAGGAUCUCAAACUUCGGGGGUUUUGGUUGUCCCAGUGGAAGAAGGACCAUGGUCCAGACCAGUUCAAGGAGCUGAUCCUCACGCUGUGCGAGCUUAUCCGCCGAGGCCAGCUCACGGCCCCUGCCUGCUCUGAGGUCCCACUGCAGGACUACCAGCGUGCCUUGGAAGACUGCAUGAAGCCCUUCGUGUCUUCAAAGCAGAUUCUCACCAUGUGACCAUCCCAGAGGAGCCAGAGAGAAGUGGGAAGAGACCGAUCAGCAGACCUGGUUUCAGGCCCCUCUGCUGGGCUCAGCCUUCCCCAGACAGCUCUUCUCAUCAUCGCUCCCAACUGGGAGAUUGUGAAGCUAGCUGACAUGUUCCCCAGGACCAGCCUUGGGGUGUCUAAUAAAGUCUGAACUUACCCAAACAAAAACCAAUAGAAGUCACCCUCAUCAAGGACAACCGUCACAGUGCACCUGCCACCUCCCAGCGCUCAGAAGCCCCCUUCUUGCCUGUCUUCCGUUGUCUCCGGCCAUCACCUCUUUACCAUUGAAAGCAAAGGCUGGUGGGUGCCAGCAGGCACAAAAGUCAGUAAGACACGACCACCUUCACGCUGUCCAGGGCCCACAAAGGAAACUCUCGUGAAAGGAAGAUUUGACUCACUUCUGAGGAGUGAACACCAGGCGGAGGGACUGAGGAAGUGGGGUCUCAGGCAGCUAGACCACCUUCACAGGGUGUCCUUCUCCCUGGGGAGCUAGCCGCCACACCAGUGGUUCUCAACCUGAGGUCAUUUUAGCCCCAUGGACAUUGAUCAUGUCCAGGGACAUUUUUGAUUGUCAUGAGAGGGUGCUGCUGGUUCCUAGUGGAGAGAGGUCAGUGUUGUUCAAACAGCCCAUGGGGCUCAGAACAUGUUCCCUCCAAGGAGUUAGCCAGCCUGUUAGGUCCACAGUGCUGCUCUGAACCCCUGCGUUGAGCCAGUAAUGACCACAGUGACUAGGUGCUAAAGUAGUCACGUGAGAUGCUGUGAGGGCAUAACUGAGUUGUUACCCUAGACCUGGGUCAGGGGAGCGCUCCUGAAGCUUGAAAGUGGGCCCUGAAAAAUGGGCAGCUUUACUCAUACUAAGAUUUUGCUAUUCUAUAAUUUCUUGGGUUUUGCUUGCUAGUCCAUUCACCCAAAGAACUAGAGACUUUGAGUAUCUCUUUUAUCACCUGGUCCUCUGUCGCUAAGCUCAGGAGCCUCAUUCAAGGAGUAUGACCUGCGUGCCCGAGGACACAGGUGCUGAUGAGAGAUGGGCUGCCCAGCGAGCCACUUACACUUGACAGUUUGCACCGAGGCUGCUAACAAGGAGGCAUUCCAAGGGACACCAUAUAUCUGCCUGAGGGUCUGAGGAAGGCCUCCCAGAGGAGCUGUCACAGCAGUUCUGUGAAGCCCAAGCAGAAAAAUUGCAGCACGUUAAGCUAACAGCACGCAUGGGAGUUUGGAGGCUGAGAGGGGACACAGGGACAGCCCACAACCCUGUGUAGCCUCUGCCUGAGUCGCAGGGGGCUGGGAGGAGUGCUUGUGCACAGUGGGCCAGGGUCAGGAGGGUCAGGACAGGAGGGUCGUGAGGUAGAAACUUACUCUUGGAGCCGGGAAGGCAGAGGAAUUGCAGGAGUGACGCCAGGUGGAAAGUGGCUCCAGUUUAGCUACAGGAAACCGGUGCAGCUGCUCCCGGCAUGAUCCUCCACCUUUGCCAGCCUUUUGUGUGUCCUCUGGAAAUAAGUACACAGGUUCAGUCUGGGUUGGGAAAGAUUGCCCACCUUAAAAACCUGGGUGCAGGGUCAGCCCCUACCACCCACAUGCUUCCCAUGCGAGGUGGGUGGGAGGGGCGAUUUGUACAGAUGGUUCAUGUGGACAGGGGGAAAAACCUGAGGGACGGGUGAUGCUAAUCACUACAGGAGUGACAGGAAAGAUUGGUUUUGGGGGGGACAUUCUCAAGGUUGGGAUCUGGGGGAGAGGAGGCUGGGGCCAUGGUGAGGGAGCUGCCCCUGGUAGAGACGGGAGGAAACAGACAGGAGAGAGGGACAUUCCUAAUGGCAGCUUAGAGGUCCCUUGGAGGGGCUGUAGUGUCUUGAGAAUGACAAGUAGGGUUGAGGGUGACGUUGGAGCUGGACUUUAAAGGAUGAUCACAGACUUCUCAGGAAGGAAAGGGAGGCAAGCAGCACUAAGGGCCAGAUUAAACAAAGUUACAGAGGCAGGACAUUUAUGUUAGAAUCUUCGAGUUCUCCCCAGAUACCCAUUCUCUUCCCAAGAAUCAAAAUAAAUGACUCUCAGGUGGGCAUUUGGUAAGCUGGAAUAAACACUGUCCCUGCCACCUUAGAGGAGACAGGUCAGCCCCAUGUGAUGAAGCACAGGUGGUAGGUGUUAGCUGACACCCUUCCUGGGCCUUUACUGCCCCUUCCAAGUUCUUCCUGGCUGAGAUACAGACCAGAUUUCUAGAACUUGCACAAUCAUCUUGCACCAUGUUAAACACACAGCAACAAAAUCAAAGGAGUCUGGGUCUACCCAGAAGUCCCAAUCUAACUGCCUACCUCAGAGCUGGUUUUACAUGAGAAAGAAGCUUCUAUUUUAUUUAAGUUCCUAGUAUUUGGGGUUUCUGUGAACCUAAUCAUAACUGCUAGACGCUCCAUAAUUUAAUAUACGUUGAAAUCAAGUGACUCAAUCUGAAACUGGAAAAGUAAAUUAUGGCAGUUUGUGAUUCCCAGCUAAGAAAUUUGGACUUUAUCCUGUUGGCAGUAGGGAACUAAAGGUUUCUGAGCCAAAGGAUCAAAAUUGUACUUUGGAAAAAUCCCUCUGGCAGCAGGCUGGGGAACAAUUUGGAGAAGAGAGACACUCGAGAAAACCAGAAAUUUCUUACGCUUCUGAAUUUCAGAUAAGUAGAUAAGUACAACCACCCCUGAAUUUCAAAUAACAAAGUAGGGAUUACCAACUUUGAAGAGGCCAAGGGAGGAAAAAAGUCUGGAACAAAACAAUGUCAAAGGAGAAUCUGACUUAAAACAUGGCUUCCAUGCUUCACGAGUGUAGGGGACUGUUUAUUGAUUUUCGUGCUGAAUAAGCCCUGUGAAGGAGUCACUCUUCAGGCCUGCUAAGUAAACAAUAUCUUUUUUAAAUGGCUAAAAAAGAAACCUUUGGCUCUGGAAGACCAAAAGAAGACAAACAAACAAAGCUUGGGCACACCUGAAGCUCAGAGACUCAGGCCUAGCUCUCCCCGUUGUCUUCUGGGAGCAUCCAGGGUUAACUACCUACAACUACUGCCUUGAUACUGAUGACUGUCUUGUGUCUUGGGAGAUGAGAUUAUAAUAAUAAUAAUAAUAAUAAUAAUAAUAAAGUCUGCCUUCCUCUGGGAAAGACUGAGGCCCAGAAAAAAAGAUUCUUGUUAAACCUGUGUGUGUCAGGCAUCCAAGUCCUUGUGCCUGGAACCUCUUAGCAGCACCCACAAGCCCCAUUCUUAGUUAUGGGUUCCAUGCCAUGCCCUGGAUAAGGCACUGGGCCCAGCCGGAGCAGCUGGGAACGGUGGAGAAGAGAGACAGCCUGGCGUAGCACCUGCCUGCAUCUGAAGGCAGGAGAAUCCUGGGAAAGCUGACCUAAAGGUAAGUGGGAAGGAAGAUUUCCCUACGCUCCUAACCCUUUGCAGUGGACAAGCAUUUGAUUUUUACAAUACCUCUCACCACUGAGGUUUAGCAUCACUAUGAAGAGAGGUGAAGUGAGCUGCUCCGAGAGCAAGCAGCAGAACUGCCACAGGAAGCCCCAUUCCGUGACCCUCUCUGUUCACCAUACCAGUCAGUCCCAAUUAUUUUGGCCCCACAGCGGCCUUCAGCUCCCUUUUUUUUUUUUCUUUUCAGAACUCUAAUUUUUGUUCAAUAAGAACUGACAUGUCAUCAGAAGAGUUGGAAUUUCCUUUUGUCUAACAGAAGCAUAAAAAAGGGAGAACCAGGAUGCCAUCGAAGUCCAUUUAUAAAAAGCUUUUUAAUAAAUAUUGUAAACACCUGUUAUGUAAAAAGCACUGGUGUAGGUGCUAGGUUUACAGCAGGAAGAAAAAACAAACACGGCAUGGUCCCUGAUACGGUGAGCUUACUUCUGUUCUAGUGGAGGAGAAAGACAAGGAGCAAGUGAAUAAAUAAACAGGCCUAGUAAUGGAAACGACAAAAGUUAAAAACCCUGAUGUGCAAACAAAAUGAUGAGGCCUGAACUAGCUUAGAAAGUAGAGAAGUGAAAGGAUCUGUGAACAUUUGGAAAAAUCAAUCGAUGGGACUGAAUGAAUGUAGUGGUUGAAAGAGGGACCUUGGGACCUUGCUGGAGAGAGCUGCAACUUCCCCAAGAGGAAACUCAAAGGAGGAACAGGCUUUGGAGACAGGCAUUUUACCUAUGCUGGGCUCUUUUUCUCAUCUGUACAAAACAGGUUGACAAGUGCCUCCCUGGUGGCACAAAGGG